CAGCCGCUGCUUGUGUUAAGUUUGUUAAUGCGUACUGGGACAAGAUGUUAGUUAAUACGUCCCAUUACAAUAAACAAUUCAACUACUAUUUUGUUUAUUCACAUAAGAGGAAUUCAAGUGUUUUCCUUAGCAGGCAAUGUGAUGUUUUUAACACACUCUCUGAAGAUUUACUGUGAAAACUUAUAGUUUAUCAACAUGACGGCCAUUUUUUAAUAAUUAUUAUAAUGUUAAUAAUAAUUUCGUAUUGUUUUUAAUUGUUCAGCUAUGUUUUCUGCUCCAUCAACUUCAGAACAAAUUUACGAUUUUGAGAAGGAUGAAAAUGCAGCGAAAUGGAAAGGAAUAUUUGUCACCGCUUUGCGCAAGGUUUUGGAGCAAGUCCAUCCUUCUUUGUCAGCUCGUGAAGAGGCCCUGGAUUACGUGGAAAGUUUGAUAUUUCGCCUACUAGGCAUGCUGUGUGCUGCUCCGAAACCACACAGUAUCCAGGAUGUAGACGAGAGGGUUCGCAGGACAUUUCCCACACCCAUUGACCGAUGGGCCCUCAAAGAAGCAAAAGAGGCUGUGGAAAGAGGAAAGAAGAAAUCUCACUCACAACUCGUACUACCUGUCGAUAAAAUUCAUCCACUUUUGUGCAAGGAGGUGCUAAAUUACAAAGUAGAUUCCCAGGUCACCCUAUACAUCGUGGCUGUACUGGAGUAUAUAUCUGCCGAUAUCUUCAAGUUGGCUGGCAACUAUGUGAAGAACAUCCGUUUUGUUGAAAUCAAUUGUCAAGACAUCCGAGUGGCCAUGUGUGCUGAUAAGGCCCUGAUGGACAUGUUCUGCCAAGAUGACAAUGCCCUGAGCACAGCUCUGGCAGAGACUGAAUCAGCUGCUAAGGCACCUCGCACAUCACUGUCUUAUGAAGAAGUUGUCAAAGACCUCAUAUCAGAUGAGAAGCAGCAUCUUCGAGAUCUUCACAUGAUCAUAAAAGUUUUUCGGGAGGAAAUUGGCAGAUUGAUUCCUCCUGAUGAUAACAAGCUGGAUUCCAUGUUCUGCAACAUCACUGACAUCUAUGAACUGACAGUCACUCUCUUGGGGCUGGUGGAGGAUAUGUUGGAGAUGAGUGAGGAAAAGCAAGUUCCAACUAUAGGCAGCUGCUUUGAGGAACUAGCAGAGGCAGCAGAGUUUGACGUGUAUGGGAAAUAUGCUAAAGAUAUAGUCCAUUCGGGCUGUAGGGAAGCACUAUCCAGUCUCAUUGCCAAGCCUGAUGUAUCCAAUGCCCUACAGUCUGCUGGACACGGUUUCAGAGAAGCUGUAAAGUACUACCUACCCAAACUUCUCUUGGCCCCUGUCUGGCAUUGUUUCCUGUAUUUCGAGUACAUUAAGGACCUGUCAGAGUUAACACCUGUGGAUGAAGACAGAGAGAGCUUGGAACAGGUAGAAGGGCUCCUUCGACCUCUUCAAAUGGAUCUCAGCAAAACUAUGACCAAUGUUCCUAAGAGAGAAACUGUUAGAACUCCAGGUAGAGUGAGACGUCAGGCAGCGUUGGAGAAGACUAAUGAGCUACAACGCACCAUUGAGGGCUGGGAGACCAAGGAGCUCAGUCAAUGUUGUAAUGAGCUCAUCCGAGAAGAUUUCCUCUGCAAGCUUAGCUCUAAUGGCCGUCGUCUCACAGAGAGGAAGGUGUUCCUGUUUGAUGGUGUACUGGUACUGUGCAAACCUAACAACAAGCGAACAUCAGUCUCUGUGACUGCUCAGCUCAGCAGCUCCACCCCUGGCGAGUAUCGACUCAAGGAGAAGUUCUAUAUCCGUAAGAUUGAGAUCAUCGACAGAGAAGAUACUGAAGAAUUGAAACAUGCAUUUGAGAUAGCGCCAAGAGUCCAGCCAAAUGUGACCCUUGUAGCAAAGUCCACUGAAGAUAAAAAUAACUGGAUGGCUGAUCUGGUCAUGCUCAACACUAAAAGCAUGCUGGAGCGCACUCUAGAUAGUAUAUUGUUGGGUGAAGAGAAGAAACAUCCUCUGCUACUACCUCAACCAGAGAUAUACCGCUUCUCAACUGCAGACUCGAGCUCCAAUAUUGUCUUAGAAGAACGUGAAAAUGCAGGAGUUCCUCUUAUAAAGGGUGCUACUCUGUGUAAGCUCAUAGAGAGGCUUACAUAUCACAUCUAUGCUGAUCCUAUGUUCGUCCGUACAUUCCUCACCACUUAUCGCAGCUUCUGUUCUCCUCAGGAACUACUAUCUCUCUUGGUGGAAAGGUUCAACAUCCCAGAUCCAUCAUUAGUCUAUGAAGAACUGAAAGAUGCUGAGAAAACAUCUAAAAAUUCUCAAAGAGAAGAUUGGAAACGCUACAGAAAGGAAUACUGUCAACCUGUUCAGUUUAGGGUACUGAAUGUUUUGCGGCACUGGGUCGACCACCAUUACUAUGAUUUUGAAAGGGAUCCUUCUCUUUUGGAGAAAUUACAUUUAUUUUUGAACUCUGUGAAUGGGAAGUCAAUGAGGAAAUGGGUUGAUUCUGUGCACAAAAUAAUCCAAAGAAAGAAGGAACAGACUGAGCAACAGAGAGAAAUAACAUUUGCCUUUGACCGAUCUCCUCCCCCAAUUGAGUGGCACAUUCGAACCCCAGAAGAGGAUUGGAGCAUCUUGACACUCCAUCCUGUGGAGAUAGCCCGUCAGCUCACACUACUAGAGUUUGAUCUGUAUCGAGCCGUCAAACCUUCUGAACUGGUAGGCAGUGUAUGGACCAAGAGGGAGAAACAGCAGACUUCCCCCAACCUUCUUGCCAUGAUCAAACACACCACCAAUUUUACAUUGUGGUUAGAAAAAAAUAUUGUGGAGGCAGAAAACUUUGAGGAGAGAGUAGCAAUAGUGUCAAGAAUAAUUGAGAUCAUGAUUGUUCUCCAAGACCUGAACAACUUCAAUGGAGUUCUUGCCGUCAUCUCUGCCAUGGGCUCAGCAUCUGUUUACCGUCUCAAGUUUACAUUCCAGGCUAUUUCUGCAAGGCUGGAGAAGGCCUUGGAGGAUGCAAGAGAACUCAAUAAUGAUCAUUUUCGGAAGUAUCAAGAAAAGUUGAGGUCUAUCAAUCCACCCUGUGUACCAUUUUUUGGCAUGUAUCUGACCAACAUAUUACAUAUUGAAGAGGGAAAUUCUGAUUACCUCCCAUCCUCACCAGAACUUAUUAACUUCAGCAAGAGGAGAAAAGUUGCUGAGAUCACCGGUGAGAUACAGCAGUAUCAGAACCAACCAUAUUGUCUCAGUGUUGAGCCCAGAAUAAGGCAUUUUUUGGAAUCUUUAGCGCCAUUUGAAGGAAUGAAAGAAAAUGAAAUCAGUAAUUACCUGUACAACAAGUCACUUGAAGUGGAACCACGGAACUGCAAACAAGCUCCUAGAUUUCCUCGGAAGUGGCCUGAGCUCAACUUAAAGUCACCCGGAAUCAAAGUACGAACUCUGGCCAACAGAAGUCAUGUACCAAAUUUGACAACUAAUGUGACUCAGCCCCAUCUGGUUCCUCCCACCUCGUCACCACGCUUAUCAGAGUCUGGUGGAGGAGAAGACACUCCUCGCACCCCUCUCACUGCACCUCAUACCCCACCACCACCUCUGGCUGACUACAGUGUCUUUGCACCCAUACAGAUUGGAGCAGCUGGUCAAGGUGGCAAUACAAGUGGAAACCAAUCCCCUGGAGCCAUGUCUUGUGCCCCAAUCUCUCUGUCACAAGGAGUGUCAGUGAGUCCCAGUCCUUCUGUGCCUCCCACUCCUGCUCCCAUUCCAGUCCCUAUUCCGUCUCCAUCCCCCAUGCCUCCACCUCCUCUUCCUCCAAGAUCACGCAAGAGGGAAAGUUCCAUUUCUGACCUUCCAUCGACAUCACAACAAAUUACUAUGAGUAAUGUAUCUACUGCAUCAGCUCCAAUGUUACCACCUCGGGAUUUGUCACCGCCUCCACUGCCUCCUCGACCCUCUGUGAGACGGAGCUCGACGGUAGAACACCCAACACAACCCCUCAACAUCCUAGCGGCCCCCACUCAGGGUUACGCUAGGCACAUGUCCUUCAACGGUCCACAACCACAUCAUUCCAUGGGUGUGCUACCACAACACGCCAAGUCUAACAGUGUGCCGGUAUCAAUGACUCGUCACAACACGCUGAACCUCACUGCAAGAGUGACGGGACCGCCAGCCCUCCGGGCGGAAACAUCUACUCCUAAACUUCCACCUAAGCCCUUCAAGUCCAACGUCAUGUUCCAGUUCAAUACCAACCAGACAUAAGUCACCAUGUCAUGGUCGUCGGGUAUAACAAGAUAUCAUUCUAGUCAUGUUGGAGUAGAUUGUUAAGAAACCUAGUCAUAAACCCACACCUUGCUCCUUUUGCCGAUUCCUACUCCCGAUGGCGUCCCAUGUUUGUUGCUGUUGCACUCUUUUCUUUGGUUACUUUCAAUGUUGGUUUCAGACCAAGGUACAAAUUUUGUUGGCUUUAAUUUAAUGUACAAUGUUUUAUGUAUAACUCAAAAUUUUUUUAAUUUUUUGUUUGUUAAAAUCUGUUUUUCUAAUUUGUGAAUUAUACAUAUAAAUUAAACUUUAUUAAUUGAUAUACACAUACAUCAUUUAUUUAGUUAACAAUAUAAGCACGAAUAAUAAAUAAUAAUAUAUAUUUUUGUUUUUAAAUUUAUCUAAAGUUUUGUUACAGUUGAUAAAAAGUUUUAAAUAUUGCAUGGGACUUUUUUUAUUGCAUGUGAACUUAUGUGGACUUGCGACUGCUGUCAGUGCUUUCAGAUUAAUCUUGGCGUAUUUAAUUUUAAGAUGUUUGUUUAAAUUGAAGAUUUAUUUUACGCAAUUUAGUGUGUAUCUGUUUAAAAAAUUGAACACUGAAGUAUUGUAGCGUGAUCAAUGUUACAUUGUGUUGUUAAGCAUUCUUUAUGUCUUUGCCUUUUCACAUACUGUUGGUACUGCAGAUUAAGAUCCUAUGUGAAAAGUAAAGGUUACCUUAGAUUUGGA